UGCGCACCUCCCUUCAUAUUUUAGCCAUUGCCAUGUAGAGCGCUUUGGCAUUUUAGCGUAAUCUGCUACAGUUUUGAUUUAUUUCCAGGUUUAAACAAAAUGUCCGAGCUUGAAGCUAGUGUAUCGUGUUCUCCGCAGUGUGCGGAAACAGACAAAAUCAAAAAUACAGACGAUAUCAAUCCAGAAACAGUACAAAACACUAACACCAAUAUUUCUCAGGUUGAAGAAGGGUAUCAGAGCGACAGUGGUCUUCUCAAAGGCUUGUUGACAGAUAACUUCUGUCACGUCUGUGAAGCAACCCUGCUUUACGAAUCCCAGAGAGUUUCUCAUUAUGAGGGGAAAAAGCAUGCACAAAGAGUCAGGGUGUACUUGCAGAACAAGAACACUAAAUUAAAUAAGCCGAGCCAAGAUUGUGGAGGCCUUUUGAGAGGUCUGUCUGCAGAGAAGUUCUGCGAGAUGUGCAACAUGGUAUUCAGCUCUCCAACUGUGGCCAAGUCGCACUAUGAGGGCAAAGUUCAUGCAAAGAACAUGAGAAAAACCAAUCCUCUGCCACCUGGAGUGCCCGUCCUAGAAUCCACAAUUCCUGAUGUACACCCAUCAGAGGCUGCUGUGCAGAAUCAGAUCAGUCUGGAGCAGAAGGACACUUCUGGCUUGGGCGAUCAAGAGGUUGAUCUCAGUGACCCCAACAAGUACUGUACACUGUGCAGCGCUUCCUUUAACAACCCUCUGGUCGCCCAGCAGCACUAUAGCGGUCGGAAGCAUCAGAGGAACCAGGCCCGGCAAGAGAUGCUGGAUGAGAUGGGGGAACAGUCAGAAAAUGCGAGCUCCCUGACUUGCCCGAUUUGCUGUCUGACACUCAGCUCAGUAGAGAUGUACCAGGCACACAUGCAGGGAAACAAACACUUUGUCAAAGAGAAGAAAGUUAUGGAACUGUGCCAAUCUCAGAAGAAAGUGUACGACUCCUUCCAGGAUGAGCUGGCUGACUACAUCCAGGUGCAGAAGGCCCGGGGACUGGAUCCCAAAGCAGGGUUGGGAACCAUAGGACAAGCAAGCAAGGGCCUGGAUGAGAGUGUGAAAGAAGGUCCACAGAAAGCAGAAGAGAUGCCUCAUCCUGGCCAGCUGGUACCACAUUUUUCAUCUCCUGGUUUCCCUCAACCUCACUGGCACCCACAAUUCCAGUCUCAGGUCAAUCAGUUCGGCUUUGGUAUGAGAGGCCCUGUCCCACACUAUCGGCCGGGAUUUAUGCCCCAUGCCCGUCCUCCUUUCCCACCUGGUCACCUGUAUAAAAGAGGGAGGAGCCCUGAGUCAUUUAGCUCCUCCUCUUCCUCAGACUCCUCCUCCUACACUAGCAGCAGUAGUGACAGCAGCAGCAGUUAUGACAGCAGAGAGAGGAGGAGACGGAAGAAGAAGAUGAAAAAGCGAGGGAAGAGCAGAAGAGACCAGGAGGAAGGGUCUGCUACGGAACAAGUAGAAAGGAAAAAGAGGUGGAAGGGAGACAGGAGAGGAAGUGUAGAAGGAGAAGAUGAUAGCAAGAAAUGGAAGGAGAGAAGAAAAAGAGAGAGGAGCUCUAGUGAAGACGAGGAAAGCAGAAGUAAAAGAAGAGCAAGCAAGAAAAGUAGGAGGCAUGGGGAGAGACGAAAAGAAGAGGAACUCAUGGAGAAACAAGAGGUUGAAGUGCACGAGGAACCACAAGGAAAGAUGGAGGAACACGUAGAGGUCAGGACAGAAACGAAAGAUGGCAAACACAAAUACAAAAAAGAGAAGAAAAAAGGAAAAGAGAAGCUGAAUCGAGAAGACAACAGGACAGAGGAGGAAAGGCUCUGGGAUGAAACGAUUCUUGGUGUUUUUUAGACUUUAGUUUUUUUCGAUGAUGGUCUGACAGUAUUGUUCUAAUAAAAAUGCACAGGACCCCAGAAAAGCGUUUUGCUGAAAUCUUCUGGACCCUUCUCUCUAUUUAUGCUUUCUGAAGAACUCUAAAGGCCUUUCUUUUAUACAGAAACUCAUCUGAUCACAAUUCCUUUUUAAGGAAUCAACAGUGAAAAUUUUGUCAUGAU